AUGGACAAUAAUGACCGGCGGCAGCGGCAGGCAAAUCCCACUGGCUACACCGGACAACCAGCACUCAUCUCCCAGGGAGCACCCGCUCCGUACCCGGCCGUCAGCGGCUCCGAUCGCUUUCGACAGACACCAUUGACCGCACAACCCCCCAGCGCUGCACCCCCGACGGGCAGAGCCGGGACGGGGCAAGGGUACGGCUACGGAUACGGCAGCGAAGGCGCACAGUUUGUCGGAUCGUCGUUGCCGGCCGGCGCGCUGCAGUACCCUCCCGAGUACGGGCAAGAGCAGCAACAGCAACAACAACAGCAGCAACAACAGCAGCCGCAACAGCGAACGCCACAACAAUAUUCGCAGUACGCGUCCAACAUGAUGUACAAUGUGCCGGCGCAACAGCAGGCGGCUCCGCAGCCACCUUACGACCCGGUGCAACAGUACCAGCCACGGCAGUCUGCAGCAAUAGAGGUGUUGUCAACCCAAUUUGGAGUUCCACAACAGUAUUAUGGUGUGCCUGGCGAAAGCGGACCAACUAGCGCCCCUGCGGCUGGAAUGGCGGCGCAGAACGUGCCGGCACAGUACCCAUCCCUCUCUUAUACCACUCAAAGUCCCGUCGCCCGGGACCCUCUCGCUCCCGCAUACGCCGCUGGAAUGAGUGACCCCACCCAGAGCGGCUCACACGGGGCGUACGCCCAAGGGAACUACGCCCAGACGCAGGGCGCGUCGGAUUGGGACAACACCUACGCCGAAUACCAGACGCAGGUCAAGAGGACCUUCGAAUGCAUCCGCGACGGCCGGCUGGGCGAAGGUGGCGGCUGCCUGCUUCGCAUCACGAAAUGGUUGCUGGGGAACGCGGAAGCGCUGGGUCUAGUUCGAGACGACGAGCCCAUGCACGGAGAGCGCCUGAAACUCUGGGAGGAGUUCAACACGGCCUGGCUCAGCAUCCUGCAAAAACAGAAGGAGAUGGUGCACGAAAUCGCCGAGGCCGGCCAGGCGCCACGUCCGCCGCAAAGCCUGAUGGAAUACGACUUCAUGGAGAAUAUGGGCAAGGAGCUGGUGGGUCUUUGCGACUCGAUGGAGAAGCACGGCCUGGUUGACUACCAGAUGGGAGUGUGGGAGGAAGAGAUUGUCGCAAUCCUCACCAAGACGCUGGACACGAUGGAGGAGCAAACGGGCACAGGCGGCCAAGGAGCCGCCGCGGCGCGAAGGCGAUGA